AUGAGUUCACCAGAUCUUUCAGAAUCCCAACUUUUGGGUAUUUUAAUUGUGAAAGAUGGCACUGCUGAGUCUCUUGGGAAAGCAAUCAAAAAAUCUUUACAAGACUGGGAGCUAUUUGACUAUGUUGAUCGUCUGUCCUUUGACACCACAGUCACAAAUACUGGUUGGCUAAAAGGAGUCUGUAAAACAAGUGGACCAAAGACUGAGUUAUUUGAAAGGCUGAAGUGUAAUUGGAAAUCGAUUCUUGAAAAGAAGAUAAAUUAUGAUAACCUAAAGAAAUUUGACUCAGAAAAAAAAAUUAAAUCUUUUUUGGAAAAGCAGGCUUUUGAAUCAUUAACAUUCCUUCAAAAUUGCCUCGAUAAUGAUAUAUUUCCAAGAAAUGACUACAAGUAUUUUAUACAGGUAGCAGUUCUUUGGUUAGGUAGCAAAGUAAAAGAUUUUCACUUUAGAUUUCCAAUGGCUUCACAUCAUGUCAGGUUUAUGGCACAGGGCCUUUAUUAUUUAACAUACGACAUUCUACAGCCACAAUUCAGUAACUUAUGUCCUGAUAUAAUAUCAUUAAAAGAGGGAAAGCUGAUUCAUGAAAUUGGUUCAUUUACAGCACUAUUUUAUGUUCCAUGGUUUAUUAAAGCUCCUAUCCCUGCCAUAGCACCUUCUUUAGAUCUAAAAGCCAUUAAUGAAAUGAUACAAUAUUCUGAAUUAUGUCUUAAACCAGCAGAGGCCGUACUAAAGUCACUUGAAAAACACAAUUAUUAUUUAAAUGAAAGAUUUGUGGUUAUGUGUCUUGCUGAUAAAUGCUUACCUGUAGAACAGCUACAAACUGGGAAACAUGUUCAGGUUAUAUAAGAUUUAAAAAAUUAUAUCACUGGUAUUCUUGUUGUAAAUGACAGUGCAGAAAGUGCAAUUAAACUUGGUCAAAACUUUAUUGAAACUUUCCGAAACGAAGAAGAUAACCAAGCUAAUUUAUUGGUUGUUGCAGAUCAUCGUUUAAAAUUUCAGACAACAGAAAAAAAAUCUCGGU